UUUACAGUCUGUUUUCAAAGCUGUCACAUCUCACAGCAAUGGCAGACGCUGCUGCUUCCCAGUCAUCGGCGCAGACGGUCAAGCUUGCUCUGCAAGUGCUGCAGACGCUGAGCCUCACCGCGUGGCAGUACCCGCCUGACUGCGCUCUCACUAAUGGGAGCUCAUUCGACUUCAUAGUGGUGGGGAGUGGCACCGCUGGGUCAGUGCUGGCCAACAGGCUGUCAGCCAACGAUAGUGUCAGUGUGUUGCUCCUUGAAGCGGGAGGAUAUCCACCAUUGGAGUCAGAGCUGCCUGCGCUUUUCAUGAUGUUAAGCAACUCGGACUAUGACUACAAAUACUACGCAGAAAACGACAACUACACGAUGCAGAACAUACGAGGGAAGAGAUGUGCCCUCACUCAAGGCAAGGUGUUGGGAGGCACCAGCUCCACCUAUGCCAUGAUGCAUACGAGAGGUGAUCCUCAGGACUACGACGUGUGGGCGGAGAGGGCCAACGAUACAACCUGGAAUGCCACCAACACAUUGUCAUAUUUCAAGAAACAAGAAAAACUAACUGACGAAGAACUCCUGCACUCUGAGUACGCUGCUGUCCACGGUACUGAUGGGAUGGUCAAAAUAAGAAGAGAGACAAGUCCUCUUCUCGAUGAUAUUCUGGACGCAUUUAAGGAGGUCGGCCACGAUUUAGUGAUGGACACCACAUCAUUGAAGUCUUCGCUCGGCUACACACAGUUGCUAUAUGCCAUCGAUGAUGGAGUGCGGCAAAGUAGUGCACUUGCCUAUCUAAGUUCUGCCAAGAAACGAAAGAAUCUAUGUGUAUCUUUAUUUACUACUGCUACCAAGAUCUUGAUCGAGAAUGAGGUCGCUGUUGGUGUACAGCUGACGACCUCUACCAACGAAACAUACAAUAUAUAUUCCAACAAGGAAGUGAUUGUGUCUGCUGGCACCUUCAACAGUCCCAAGCUACUGAUGCUGUCUGGCAUUGGACCCCGCGAACAUUUGGAGUCAGUCGAAAUCGACGUGGUUGCUGACCUUCCAGUCGGCCAGAACUACAUGGAUCAGCCGAGUGCUCCAAUUAUUAUCCAAAUGGAUGAAAGUGCAGAAGUAGCUGGUGCCAUAAACCCACACCAGUUCCCUCUGCCAACUUUCAUUGGGAACGUAGCCCUCGAUUCACCCAGCAAGCGACCACAAUACCACACGGUCAAUUUUCUGUUCCCGGCGAACUCCACAGAUCUACUGGAUAUGUGUUCCUUGUUUCUUAGUUACUCGGAUGAAGUUUGCCAGAAGGUCUACGAGGCGACCACGAACCGAAAGACUAUAUUUUCCUUGUUAGGGUUGGCGUUACCAAACUCUAGAGGUGAAGUAUUGCUGGCCAGCGCUGACCCUGCUGCAGCACCAAUCGUUCACACUGGCAUGUUCAGCAACUAUACGGACUUGAACCUGAUGGGGCGCGCUUUUAUCGACCACGUAAGAGUGCUGAACUCUACUUACUUCCGAAGCGUAAACGCGACAAUCUUGGACCUUGGCUUCUGCAAGGAUACAACAAGUGAGGUGGAAUUCUGGGAGUGCUACACGUUGGCUAUGUCGAAUACCAUGUGGCACUUUGGAGGGACUUGUGCCAUGGGUCUGGUGCUGGACAGCAAGAUGAAGGUCAAAGGCGUGGGGAGGCUGAGGGUGGUGGACUCCUCCUCCAUGCCGGCGCUUGUUACCGGGAAGGUCAACUCUCCGAUCGGCAUGCUUGCUGAAAAAGCUGCUGAUUUCAUACUAACUGAUCAUAACAUCUUGUAACUCUCUUGAAACAAUUACAAUUUGGUCAAUAGAAAUUAAAUGAGUUAAAACAUGCAA